AUGUCAGCUCGGUCAUGUGAUCAGCUGUGUCCAAUCACAGCUGAUCACUGCUGAUCAGUGUGCCCUGAUGAUCAGUGUGGCCCCAGAAGUGCCACCUGUCAGUGCUCAGCAGUGCCAGUGCCCAUCAGUGCCACGUGCCAGUGCUCAUCAGUGCCACAUCAAUGCCACAUGUCAGUGCCCAUCUGAGCUGCCUUUCAAUGUCACCCAUCAGUGCCACCCAUCAAUGCCUAUCAGUGCCACCUAUCAGUGCUGCCAAUCAGUGCCACCUAUCAGUGCCAGUCAGUGUUGCCUAUCAGUGCCAGUCAGUGCCGCCUAUCAG